AACGCCAAUCAGAUGCGGUAAAAUCCUGUCGGUAUGCAUAUGUGGCGACCAAUCAUGCAUUUGCAUCGCUCAGCCUCGCAUGCGCCCAGGUGGGCUGAGCUCCAAAACUAUGUAGUAGCUUCAGAGCGUCCCCUCGUACACGAACAUCCUAAGUGCGCUACACUCAUCCUCAAAUGGCAGCCACCCUGAAUACACGGUUUCUGUUGAACAAUGUCGAUUCCAAACAAUUGCAAAAGCUGAGUAAGGCAAUAUGGAAAUGGAAAACCUGCGGCACAUGCACUGGAGACGCGACGUGCGGCCAGGCAGAGUGUCCAUGGAGUCGGGCAGAACGUCUUCACACAUUCUGGAAUCGAUACAAGACUCUCACCGCUUCAUACGUGCCGGAAUACACCAAAGGCUCAUUUCCAGCUUUGUCGUCACAUGACGAUCUCAUUCGACUUAUCCAGGCUAUCCAAGACGACCCAGAUCUGGAUCGAGAAAGCAUCAUCAAAUCUCACUUCUCAGCCCAAAACUCUAAUGGGAAGGUCUGUACAGAUGCCACGGAUCGGGAUCGAGCGGUAAACAUAGCAGCCAGUGUUAUGUUUAUGAUCAACUGUGGAACAUCGCUCGAUUGCGCGGAUAUCCUCGAGGAAGGUGGUCCAUCCAUUUCGUGGCGCAGCAGCUUGACCGCCACAGAGUUUGUUUCCGAAGCGUUCCCACGUGGGAGCAUUGGUUUCCUAGAGCGCAGCUUGGAAGACACCAGAUUCUCCGAUUUCCUUGACUCGUUGACGGCUAGUAAACUGGUUAAGGCUGGAUUCAAGCUUGAACCGACUGAUGAUCUGCGUGGUCAUUUGACCAUGGACUAUAGUGGAAAGAGAAAAGUCAUCCGGAUUUUUCAUUGUUCUGCUGUACUGAAGGAGAUGUUACUAGCAAGCCGUCCGGAUGGAAGUCGUUGUUUGAUCCCACGGUUACUCGUGUUGGAAGUGUUGGACACGCUGUACUGUAUCCUGUUCAAAGAUGAUGCAUCUGAAGCACUCGUACCAAGAUAUGGUUUGGACCUGGAUCUGCUGCAAUGUGGCGUAUCUAGAUACCGACGGAAGGAUGAACCCGAGGUCGAUUAUACCUACUUUGGUACCCGUUUGAAGGAGAUCUACGACGAGAUACAGCAUCCAAGCCCUCGUCGUGAUUGGGAGAACUGGUUUCAAAAAUAUAGUGCGCAAAGGCACAUGCUAAUGGCAACAAUGAUCGGUGUCUUCAUCGCAGUAGUCAUUGGGAUCCUAGGCCUCGGAAUCUCCGGCUUCCAGGCUUAUGUCUCGUACCAGCAGUGGAAGCACCCUGUGAAGGAUGCAUAGAAUGAGUCCAUAUUCAUUAAACAGGCCGCGCACAGUUGCGGGAGUUUGAACGGUUUCUUCGAUGGAAUGCGAUGAUGGAAAGAUGGGGAGAAAUGGGAUGGUGAGAGGAAAGAGGGCGGCUGGAGGAACAAGCGAGAUCGCGCUCGCGCACGCGACGCGGCUCCCCGAGACGGGCACGUUCUCUGUACUACUCAUGACAACCACACAAUGACGGUCUAUAUA